AUGGCUUUUGCACCAAAAACUGGAUGUCCCAUGUGUGGGAUCGUCGCCACUGCAGGUUCAGCACAAACUCCCUCACCGCCCGAAAGUUCGGCGCGCCCUCAAGUCCUAUGGAGAGACGAUAACUUUACUGCUUACAGGGAGACAGUCAACCCAGUGUCGAGCAAAGCUCACAUCAUCAUCGCACUCAACCUACAUGUGCCGUCAAUAUACACUUUGUCCUCUAGUGAUCUUCCCCUCCUAAGCAACAUCAGAUCACUAGCAACGCACCUUCUAUCUUCCCAUUCAACAUCACCCGAGGCGUCAACCACUACUAUGUCGCAACCUGACGAGUCCGGAAUGCGGAUCGGAUUCAUAACGCCUCCGUUCAGAGACAACAAAAUCCCAAUAACAGAUCACUUGCACGCUCACGCCUACAUAUUGCCUGCUGACAAGCUAGGCUGGUUCCGAGGUGUUGCAUAUGGACCUUUGGCUUGGUAUGCCAUAGACGACUUGAUCGCUGAAAUUCGAGAAUCAGUAUCGAAUAACCGUGUCAAAUCGGGGUAUGAAAAUCGAAGAAACGCUCCGAUUGAUACUGUGCCAGACGCGGGAGCACGGCACGGCGCCCCAAGUGGCGAAGAACACACAGCGCCUACUCUUGCGGUGCAAGAUGUCGAAAGUGGCCAGAAGGUCCCCCAGGCUGCUUGA